AUGGCUGACGCACCGCCUUCCCUCCCGGGCCCUAUGCCCUCGUCCUUUGACGGCGACCAGGAACUUCAGAAUGAAAGACCAAUGCAAAAGGUUCUCCGCAAGAUCAAGGAAGAGCCAUUGAUCCCCCUCGGAAUGGGCCUGACCACUCUCGCCUUUAUCAAUGCCUACCGAGCCCUCCGUCGCGGCGAUUCAAAACAGGCGAACCGCAUGUUCCGAGCCCGAGUCGCAGCCCAGGGAUUCACCGUCUUCGCCAUGCUUGCCGGCAGCAUGUACUACCAGAAAGACCGUGAGAAGAGCAAGGAGCUCCGCCAGCUGCAGGAGCAGAAGGAUGCUGAAGAGAAGCGACAAAAGUGGAUCCGUGAGCUUGAGGCCCGAGAUGAGGAGGAAAAGGCCAUGCGUGCGAGACUCGAGAAGAAGAGACAACAGGUCCAGGCCCAGCGGGCCGAGGAGGCCAAGGCAACUGCAGCGCCCACAGAAUUGCAACCCGAGGGCACCGAUGCUUCCAGCAAUGGAGGUAUUCUGAGCCGCAUUGGUUUAUGGCCACAGGGCAGUAAGGAAGAGAAGAAGAAUGAUGAGAAGGCCGCAGCAGAAGCUGUCGAGGACGACGCCAGCGCCAAGAAGAAGAAGAAUCCCAAGAGUUCUCUGGGCGAUCUCGGCGAGAUUAUUUCCAAGAGGAAGGACUGA